AUGAAGACGAGGAUAGUAUACUCCAGGGAUUUUCUGCUGUCGUUUGGCGAGUUGGAGCAUUGCAAGAAGCUGCCCCCUGGCUUUGAUACAGCGCUUCUUAGUGAGCUGCAGGAGCUGUCAGCGGGCGUGCUUGAGAGAAACAAGGGCUACUACAAUACAUCCCAGGGACGGCCAGACGGGUCGGGGGGAGGAUAUACUUACUCUUCUCGUGGUGGGAACACUGGAGGGAGGUGGGACACUCGCUCAUCUGGAUCAAGCGAUCGGGAUGGGGAGUUACCCGAUCGCGAGUCUCAGACACAGGCAGGGCGUGGUGGAAACCAGUACAGACGCAAUUGGCAGAACACGGAGCAUGAUGGCCUACUGGGAAGUGGCGGUUUCCCUAGGCCAUCAGGAUAUGCUGGGCAGUUGUCAUCCAAGGAUCAUGGCAAUGCGCCUCAGCUAAACAGGACAUCGGAACGCUACCAGCCACCACGUCCUUACAAGGCUGCUCCUUUUUCGCGGAAAGACAUUGACUCAAUGAAUGAUGAGACAUUUGGGUCUUCUGAAUUAUCAAAUGAGGAUAGAGCAGAAGAAGAAAGGAAGCGGAGGGCAUCUUUUGAGUUGAUGAGAAAAGAGCAACACAAAGCAAUGCAAGGAAAGAAGAGUGGUCCUGAUAUCCUGAAGGAGAAUCCCAGUGAUGAUAUCAUUUCACAGUUACAGACAUCAACUGCAAAGGCAAAUGCCAAAACUAAAAAUGAGAAGUUAGAUGGUUCUGCAGUAUCCUUGUAUCAGGAAGAUACCACUAAACCAUCUUCAGUUCUACUAGCUCCUGCUGCCAGGCCGCUUGUCCCGCCGGGUUUUGCAACUGCAUUUGCGGACAAGAAGCUUCAGCCACAGUCGUCUAACAUCACACAUGAGCCGAAGUGUCAUAAUGCUACUACUGAGGCUAACAUGUUGACUGUUGCACAGCUUGGUGGUCAGCUAGAGGGUGACCAGUCAGCAACAGAGUUCACAUCUGAAAGUAAAGAGAAGGGAAUUUCCAAUAACGUUGCUAUUAUGGGUCCAAAGCACACGCUUCCAGCUGGUGGUGUUACCUCUUCAGCUGAAUUGCCUUCUAGCAUUCUGAAAGGGAGCGAGGAUUGGGAAGCUGAUGUAAUGGAUAAGUAUUCUAUUGGAAAAGAAGGCAAAUCUAAAAAUAUUGAUCCAGUUAGGAAGGAUGAUUCAGUAUCAAUCUUAGACCAGUUCUUUGGCAAUGUUUUAUCGAAAAGCGGCAGUAACCUACCUACUUAUGUUGAGAACCAGCCAUUGAAAACUGAUGAUGACAUGAUUGCUGCUUCUGUGCCAGAAUCAUCCAAAUUUGCUCGCUGGUUUCUUGAUGAAGAGUUGAAACCUGCAGAAGACUUAUCUUCAAAGAGCCUGCUCUCCAUGAUUGUCAAAAAUGAAAAUCCAGGUCCAGAAAAUAUAGUCCAUGCUCCUUUAUCUGAUGCUGCUGUCCAGAAUUUAUCGCCAAGAGCACCUAUUGAUAAACUUGAUUCUGGAUCAAAGCUUACCUCAUUUACAUCCCCUACGCCUGCCGAUGGAAUUCUUGAACAAUACAUCCAUCCUGAUUUUCCAGAGGCAGUUCCUGUUAUGAUGACAUGUGAGGAUCUUGAGCAGACAAUGUUAGCACAGGUUAGCAAUAGCAGCUCACCUCAGAUAAAUGCUACAAAGGAGCAACCGACUGUUAUGGAUGAGCCAGUUGCCAUGCAGAAAGUAGCUGUAGAUAAUCAUGCAUCACAGCAUCUUCUUUCAUUGUUGCAAAAAGGAACAGAUAAUAAGGGAGCACCUUUGCUGGGUUUCCAGAGAGGAUCAACUGAUGAACCUCAGAGUGUUGGCGCAAAUUUAAUGGCCAAUGGUGGAAUAUCUGGAAGUGAUCCUGUUAACGGUGUUGACAACGUUCCUACUUCUGGGAAGAACUUGACAUUAGAAGCGUUAUUCGGGGCUGCAUUUAUGAAUGAGCUCCACUCGAAAGAUGCACCAGUUUCUAUUCGAGGAUCCACAACUGGUGGUCCUACUGAGUUUGCAGAGACGGGUAAAACUCUAUUGUCAUCUAGCCAUGAAGGAUACUACCCUGUUGAACAGACCCUACACUUCAACAAUACUAAAGAUGCUGCUUUCCCUCGAGAACCAGGUAUCGAGCAUUCAGCAGUACCUGGUCUAAAUCAGGGGAGUGCUAGUUUUGACAAGAAAGGAAUGGAAAUUCAUCUGCCUGAAGAAGAUAAUUUGUUUACCAUGAGUGACUCUCUGCCUGGUCAAAAUUCUGAUAUUUUGGCAUCAGUAGGAUCCAGCAGGCUUGAAGGGCUAUUGCCUGAAAAGGCACUUGAUGACCUCAGUUAUAGGUUUCAACGUCUUGUGCCUGGAGAUGCAGAACACAUUCAAGUACUUGGUCCUCAUGCACUUGGAUCUCAUCCUCGUGACCAUCGUUAUCAGGUUGAUUCUCAGAAUCUGUAUCAUCUUCUACAGGGUAGGCCUCCUAUGAUGGCACCUCGCCCUAUGAUGGAUCACAUUGUUAAUAGGAAACAGCCAGCUUCAUUUGAUAUGCAACAGUCGAUACACCAUGAUUCUCACCGUUCUUUCCCAUCUAAUGUGAAUCCUAUGCAACAUAAUCUUCAUGGGCCAGGGGUCCCUCACUUGGACCCGAAUGCACAUAUUAUGCUACAACACUUGUCCAUGCCUGGAAGAUUUCCACCAGAAGGCUUGCCAAGAGGUGUCCCGCCAUCUCAGCCUGUGCAUCACAUGGCUGGUUAUAGACCUGAGAUGGGCAAUGUAAAUAAUUUCCAUAUGCACCCUCGCCAGCCCAACUAUGGAGAGUUUGGAUUGAUGAUGCCAGGCCCAUCAGGCCCAGAGGUGAGAGGCAAUCAUCCAGAGGCAUUGGAAAGGUUGAUCCAGAUGGAGAUGUCAGCCAGAUCGAAGCAACAGCAGGUGCACCACCCAGCAAUGGCUGCAGGCCGCGUACCUAGUGGGAUGUAUGGGCAUGAGCUUGAUGCGAAGUUAAGAUACAGAUGA